ACUUCAAAGGUCAGAGGUUAAGGUGAACGAACGAACAUGAACAUCCAGUUGCGUUGAAUUGACCCCGAGUUCUCUUGACGAACCCUGCCAGUGUCAUUGGGACCAAGUGUGAACGCAGGCUACAGGGAUACGUCAAAGUCUGACGUUGGAAGCGAGAACUCCCAGAAGUCCGUGGCCAGCUGUUCCCUCCCCGUGACCGGCAGCUCUUUCACCCUAGACCUUUGACCCUCUACCAUGCCAGUGCCGUCCGGUGCUUAUGGCCAACAUGGUGGCUCCCCCAGCUGCUUCGACAGGAUCAAGGUCGGCUUCAUGAUGGGCUUCUGUGUUGGGAUGGCCUCGGGAGCUUUGUUCGGAGGAUUCUCAGCCCUCAG